GCCGAGACUAUAUGAGGAAAUCCUCAGAAGCUUGCUUCAGUGUGCCCAAUUUAUUUUUACUGAUAAUGUAAGACCUUUUAUAAACUACAUCCAAAGUGUCGAGUUUGUUCCUCCAUCUAAAGAUCACAACCCAUUGUCUGGGUUUUCACAACACAGUCAAAUGGACAUUUACAUCAGGAUUUGUCAUUUCAAUUUGUGCAAGGAGAGAGGAAGCAAUGAUUUGUUGAAUCCUAAUGCGUUACCUAUCUCACCUCAUCUUUGGUUCUGGGGAAAGGAGAGAGACAAAACCGGGAAGGGAGGGUGAGGACUGAGGAGGGGUAAAUGCGGAACAAACCGGUGUGCCCGGAUACACGCUGUAGCGGCUCGCCCGCACUGCAGUCACUCUUAGCACGCCGAGGAUGCACAAGACCUGAAGAUGGAAUCGGAGUAGGUAUCCCUAUUGAUCUGGGUAUACUAUAAAUCCAUACAAACUCAUCCACCGGAGACCACACUCUUUGAGAACCGAGAGAAAGAUCAUCUAUCCUUCCUUUUACCUGACACACUGUGUGUGGACCAAGGCCAGUUAAAGGUGAGAGAGAACAAAAACUCAGAAUGUACACAGCACAACUGGAACCCACAGUAAACCACUGACUGAACACAAUGUCCUUCCUCUGUGAGGGAAGAGAGAGUCAGAGAGCAUCAAUCUGUCUGACUCAUCGUCAGUGAACAUAUCCAAGACUGUCCAUCAAAACCCAGUUGUUCCUGCCGCGCCAUAUGACCAGCUCUGGCAUUGAGACCGCCAGUCCUGUGUGAGUUGGUGUGUAACAGUGUGAGUGGACGUAGCUAGGAGGAGGGAGGUCCCACUUACACUUAGUGACGAUCCCAAUACACCCAAGAGACUGUCAAUCACAUCAAGACCCAGCCAUUACUGACUUUACAUAACCACAUAACCAGGUCUGGCCUGGAGACAGCCAGUCCUGUGUGUGUGUGUGUGUGUGUGUGUGUAAGUAGCCCAGUGUGUGUGAGUGGGUGGAGGUAUCUAGGAGGAGGGGGUGGCCGUUGUCUUCUCAGGCCGGAUGCAGAACAUCCUCGAGCAGAACUUAGACAUGGCCACGGCUCUGCUGGCGGGAGAGAAGCUGAAGGAGCUGAUCCUGCCUGGCUCUUCCCAGGAUGAGAAGGGAGGAAUGCUGGCCGGCCUUAUGGUCCAGCUUAAAUUGGAGCUACCAUUUGACCGCGUCGUCACCAUCGGCACUGUCAUCAUACCCAUCCUGCUCGUCACUCUGGUCUUCACAAGGAACUUUGCAGAGGAGUCAAUCUACUGCUACACACCUCACAACUUCACCCGUGACCAGGCCCUGUACGCACGAGGCUACUGCUGGACAGAGCUGCGUGACGCCGUACCCGGGGUGGAGCCUGACCUUCGACCUUCGCUGUUUGAGCACAAGUUCCUACCUUACGCCCUGCUGGCCUUCGCCGGCAUCAUGUACAUCCCUGCUUUGGGCUGGGAGUUCAUGGCCUCCACAAGACUUACCUCCGAGCUCAACUUCCUGCUUCACGAGAUCGACAACUGCUACCACCGGGCUGCCGAGGGCCGGGCCCCUAAGAUCGAGAAGCAGAUCCAGUCCAAAGGACCAGGCAUCACGGAGAAAGAGAGACGAGAGAUCAUCGAGAAUGCGGAGAAGGAGAAGAGCCCCGAGCAGAACCUGUUUGAGAAGUACCUGGAGAGACGAGGACAGAGCAACUUUCUGGCCAAGCUGUACCUUGCGCGCCACUUGGCCAUCAUGUGCCUCAGCUCCAUCCCCAUCUCCUACCUGAGCGCCUACUGGCACCGCCAGCGCCAGAACGAGUUCAGCUGUGCCCUGGGGGAGCCUCCAGACUCCAGCAGCAUCCCUGAGCUGAGGCUCAGCGUCAACUGCAAACUGCCAGCCGUGCAGCUGCAGCGCAUUAUGGCCGCCGUAGACAUUGCCCUGCUGAGCACCAUGAACCUUGUCAUCCUGGUCAACUUGCUGCACCUGUUCGUGGUGCGGAAGUCCAACUUCGUGUUCGACAAACUGCACAAGGUGGGCAUCAAGACGCGGCGGCGCUGGCAGAAGUCUCAGUUCUGUGACAUCAACAUCUUGGCCAUGUUCUGUAACGAGAACCGCGACCACAUCAAGUCACUCAACCGCCUUGACUUUAUCACCAAUGAGAGCGACCUCAUGUAUGAUAAUGUGGUGAGGCAGCUGCUGGCCGCCCUGGCCCAGUCUAACCACGAUGCUACACCCUCUGUGAGGGACUCAGGCAUCCAGACCCUAGACCCCAACAUGGACCCCUCUCUCUUGGGAGUGGGGGAGCUGGGAGGGGAGCCGCUGGUCAUCAAACGACCACGCAAGAAGAUGAAGUGGAUCCCCAGCUCCAACCCCCUCCCCCAGCCUUUUAAGGAACCUCUGACAAUGACGCGUAUGGAGAACAGCACUAAGACUGAGAAGCCCAAACCGGUGAGGAGGAAACCAGUUGCAGAGAACUAUGUUGCUCCAUUAAGCAAGAGCACACAGUACCCACCCUCUGCCAAAGAUAUGAGCGCAAUGGAGAAAAAGCACAGUCGCAACUUUACCCUGGAUGUCCACCCAUACAUGCUGACCAUCCGUAAGCCCUCCAAGGUAGAGACAGUCAGCACAGAGCCUCUGCCCCCUGACCACACCCUGGACUCUGUGUUCAUUGAGGGCACACACACCAUCGUCCAUGUUUCUGCUUCUAUCACAGAAAAUAAAGAUUGCACCCCAGAGUCCACCAACACGGUCUUCUCUACAAUGACCGUCCCCACUAGCAUCUAUCUGAACGGUGCCACUCCCAGCCCCCACCCACCCUCCCUCGCUGAAUGCCACCCUACAGAGUCCCUGAUCGAACAAGAGGAGUCCGAAGCCCAGCCUGCAGUCUUUACUCGGAUCCCUUCCCACCAGCUUCUAAGUAUGCACCAGAUACUCAGUAUGGAGGAAGAGGGGGCUGGAGGCCAGGGGGCCAGACUGACUGAGAGACCCGUGGGGGAACUAAUCGCUGCUGGGGAGUGCUGAGGAGGAGACACACAUGUUUGGGGACAUAUUUUGAGGGCGGCACACAGCAACAUAUACUCACCACUUCCAUGCCAAUCACUGUCUGCCUAUAGAAAAAAAACCUUGUCCUCCUGACCACACAGUUGUGCUGUGCUCACAACGCACCUCUUCUCUGGUGAAGGGACUGAGUGAGGGUGCCGAUGGUGCUGAACCAUCAUUUUUUGAUAUAGAUUUAACAAGAUGCAGCAAAAGAGAGGAUACUGGUUCAAUGUGUGCUAAUCAACCCUGUCAUCUGAUGUAACUCUCUCAGCACUUGAUUUGUCCAGGAUGGGAAGCAAGGAGACUUUGUUGAAAUGCAGACAGCAUUUGUUGCUCAUAUCCUUGACUUGGAGUGGAAGCAGCUCAUAUUACAAAAGCUAGGAAAGAGAAAAGGGAAGGUGGAAUGCUUUUUACACACAUUUUAGUAAAGCACACCAUGUAAAAGACUGCUUUACCUACAGUUAAAUUCUGAAAACAUGUUUAUAAAAACAUUACUAUCAUUGCUUAUUGUCCCUCUAUCCAAGUAUACUGAGACCCCAUGCAAUACGUUUAAAAAUCUGCACUGCAAUAUAUGCAAAAGAAUAUGCAAUAAUGUAUACACUUCCAACUUAGAAGACAUUUUACAUACUGUAAAUCAUCUAUAGACUCUGUAGCCCUAUGUCAGUUGUGGUGUGCUUCACACAUAAAUGUUCAAUCAGUUAAUCAGUGUCAUUUGACCACACAGAGGACAGAGGAGGCGAAGUGAGAAUGCACCUACCUUACUGAAGAUUGGGCUCAGAUGUUGCAAUCUGUAACUUUAAUUUUCCCAGUGGCACACACCUAUCCAAGAAGUGAAACAAAAACAAAUGAUUACAUUCGUUUUAGUUCCUCUUUAGUUUACAAACAAGUGCAGGGGCAGUACUUUUGAGUGGGAAUGAAAGUUACAGAUGGCAACUUUAAUGGGUUCCUCUCACACCACUAGUGCACUUAUUAUGUGAGGUUGAUUGAUCCAUCCAAUAAGGAAGUCAUAUAAUAGAUUUUCUUGUGUAAAAUACAUGUCAGAAACACCUCCACUUUAAUGAAUAUAGGCAAGAAUAUGCAUAAUAAUUUUUUGCCAACAUUUUGCAUUCAAGUUCCAUUCAUCUUCUUGCUAUGGAUCUACAAAUGUGUUCCAACCUUGCCACCUCUCAAUGUCAGUGUUUGUCCCUAUAUGUGCCCUAAUUACUGUGAUAGUUACUCUGAACUGUUGAGCUGUCAAAGUACAGUCGUCUUUACACCAGCACUGCAUUUCAACUGAAACCUGGACACAUUUGGGGACAUUACAGUCACCCCCAGCUGGACAUUGCAGUCACUUCUUGUGAAAGUUUUGAAGAAUAAGUGAAGUGAUACGGAGAUAAAGAAAACAUUUUACACAAUGAAAUAUACAGCAUCUGAAUGCUUUGCUUUUGACUGUCCUACCAUUUCACCAUAGCCUUGCCACGUACCACCACAUUGAGAGCAACAACAGCACCCCAUCUCAGUAACACUUUCUCAUCGUGCUCUCUCAUUACUCACCAAAGACAAUGAAAUUAACGAAUGAAAAGUACAGUACUGUAGUUAGUAGAAUUGUUAUCAGGAUAUAAAAGCACCUUUCACCAGGUAUGAUGCCAUAGACAAGGGGAUAUGUGUAGCAAACAACCACCAUCAACCGUAUGUCUGAGCAAUUGGUAGCCAAAACUGAGCUGUGAUGACAGACCAAUCUACAACAAGCAGGUAUUUUUCAUGAACACACUAUGAGGAUUCCUCUAUGCUGUGAAUCUGUCAUCUUGGGCAAUAAAACAUGUAUAAAAGGUGCAUGUAAAAAGGAUUAGAAAGCCUAUAAUAUUACUUAACCUACCAGUGAGAUAUAGGGUAAGUGUAUGUGGCAAUGUAAAGUUGACCUUCCAAUUAGAUUGAUGGUUGUGAUGUUCACAGUCUAAAAUCCACUAAAUGCAUGGUUUGGGAAACUACCUGCCUGGGUAGGCUACCUUAGAAAUAUUAUUCAGCAGAUGCAAUCUGAAGGGUGCUUGUCUGGCAAUUUUUUAGAUGACAAAAAAAUACAUUUAAUUUCAUGAUCUGUGGUUGGCACACUAUCCCCUUGAUGUACUCAGCACACUAAUGCAUCCAACGGCACUUUAAAUAUGACAUGUAGCACAAGUUUAUGAGUGUGAGCAUGUUGAUAGAGCAGCGCUCCUCCUCAUGCUUUCUUUGGGGUUGGGGACCUCAGAUUGGGGAAAGAAACGGUUUUGUUCCUGAAGGCUCUGUCUUGGUAGACUGCCUACAUUCCCUGCCUGGGUACAGAUCUAGGAACAGUUUAUCCACCCCAAAUCCUAGUCCCAGUAAAACAGAGGAAAGACAGUGUAACUUGAUCCUGCUCUUUCUUAAGGUGGGUGGUGUUUCUCUGGUGAAAUAAGAGUUGUGGGGGGGGUUAUAAAAUGUAGUCAUGAGUAACACUUUACACUUUUAAAAAAUAAAAGUUGAACAUGAGUUCUUUCUAUACAUGUUUCUGUAAUUAAUAGCAUAUGCAUGAAAAUAGAUAAAAUAUAAAAUAAUACACAAUAAUAAGAACUAUAAGCAUAUUUCCACCACAAACUACAAGUACCAGAAGGCAACGACAACAGACGAGUCACAGUCUGACUGAGUAUGGGUGAGAGCACACAGGUUGGCUAGCCUGUAAGUUUGCAUUCCUAUUUAUUAUAUUAACGUAGCUUUAAUAUUGUAAACUAAUAUACACCUCAUAACCAAGGAGUUAGCCAGCUAUCAGAUAUGCCAGCUAGCUAGCUUGUCAAACUUGCUAACACCCUAAAUUAAUACUGUUACUCAUUUCUGUGAGUAAAUGUGUCACUAGAAGCUAGCUAUCUAGCUAGUAAGUGUGAAACCAUUAACUAACGUGACUUGCUAGCCAGCAAAAUAGCUAGCUGUCAACAAUUGUGUCAACAAACUGUUUAUGAAGAUGAUGUAGCUAAUCUUGCAUGAAGUAGCUACAUGCAGUUUCGUAGCAGGAAAUAGCUAUUUUUUAGUCAUGAUGAAAGUAUGGUUGGGCGGUAUCCAGAUAUUCAUAUCGUCAUACCAUCCCGCUCUCAUACCGGGAUAUACGGUAUUACCGGCGUAGUACACAAGGGGGUGCCAACAAACACAAAACAGACCAGUGGGCGUUUAUUACCAGAAUGCUAACAAAAUGAGCACAUUUCGAUGGAGGGCUGCUAGCUCCGAAUAUGCUAAUGAGAGCCUAUAUGCCAUUUAUCAGAUUAAAAUAAACAAAUUGCAAAGACAGGCAAUCCAGCUCAUAAAGUUAUACAUAUAUAGGUAGGAGCUACCGAAUGUCAUUUUUGGUGAGUUUGGACAUUUACAAGGGAAUGUGAACGAGAUACAUUGUGCAAAUGAAUAAUGUUUUUAUGCAUGCUUGUCUGAAGGAAGAACAUUACUGGCUCUGGAGCAGCAUGUGUAGGAUACAUGCUGUGUGGAGUCUGGAGUCGCUAGGGCAACGGGCCUACAUGCUCUGCAUGGAGAAGAGGGGAGAGGAGAACAGAGAGGAGAAAAAAUGCAAGGAAAUCAAGAUAGUGGCAGCUCUACAAAUAACUUAUCCUUCCUCUCCCCUGUAACUAUUCCCUAGGUCAUUGCUGU